AUGUAUGCUGGUUUCUUCGACCAAAAGUUGAAAAAGAUGAUGUGUUUUAUUUGCUUUUCAGGAAGAGCAAAGAGGGCAGAUAAACCUGAAAAGGAAGGGUACCAUUCGCGACAUGAAGCAAGCAGUCAAUGCAGUCCAUUGUCACUACCAUCAGCGAUCACUGAAAAUUGCUUAUCAAAAUCACCGUUGCUACAAUGUCGUAGCGUUCAUCCACAGAUCGAUUUUACACCAGUACAACAAUCAAUUAAUAAGAUUGUUAUUGAAAGUAAAGCAUCUAUUGAAGAACAAAAUCGACCAAGUAUCUAUUUCAAACCACUGCCCAAAAUUACCACAAGUGAGGUAAUUGAUUGUACAUUCGAGGAAGAUGCUCAAACAUGUGAUUUUCAGAAGUCUGUACAGAUUCCAGCGGUUGCUACUGCAACUAGAAGUAAUUACUUGAGGGUAGAUGACCCACUCCAGCGUACUCGGAGCGUGGAAAUGAUUUUACCCGCUGCUAACGAUGAAGAACAACAAUGUGCUUCUUUUGAACUUUGUCAGAAAACUGGACAAUAUCAUCGUUUACUACCCGACACUGAUUAUUUGCAAAAGGUUUGCUUUGUUCCCGAUAAACAUCAUUGUAUGGAGUUUAGAUAG